AGGGAGGGGGGCUCUGCGGCCGCCCAAGACACUGAAGGAUUUCACUUCUCUCUGCGGGUUCAGCCCGCUGAGAGCCCAAGAACCGGAUCUGUUUACACGGGGCAUUAACUGGUAUCCCAGGACUUGUUCAUUCAAGUGUCAGUGUCACUGCCGGCGCUGGGAAGGGAGGCGCACCCUGCGGCUGAUCUUAUAAGAAGAAAGCACCGCCGCCUUGGUCCGGGGAACCCCGACGCGUCCCAGAGCGUCCCCCAGUGGCCGGGCAGGUGCAGAGACUGCUCCCUGUGUCUCAGCAAGCCAGUGACAGGCGACCCAGCUUCUCCCCUCUCUGGGGAAUUCAGACUGCCCGUGUUGGCCCUGUGUCUUUUUCUUCCGAAAGGCCUGUCAGUGUCUUAUCUCUCAACUUCAAGUCCGAGGACUUGCUCAGUCUUCUUCUCUCCAGUCCUUCCUGACAUCCUUCGGCAGCCUCGCGAAGCGGGGAGCCCGCGACUUGAAGUCCCAGGCUUGGUGUCAGCAGUCCCAGCCUGUCUGGCUCAGCAGUCGAGCGCAUCCGUCUCUCUCCUUCCCUUUAUCUGUCCUCUAUUUCCUCCUCUACUCUUUCCUCCCUCUCUUGCCUCUUAAGUUUCCAGCACCGCGAACCCAACUGUGCUGAGCCGAGGCUCCCGAGGAACCCACCCUGAGCACCACCCGGGCACUGGGGCGCCCACUCCACCACGACCGGACAGGCGGCGGGACCCGUCUGCUCCAGAGCAUGGAGACCAAGCGCCAGGGAGGGCAUGUCCGGGGCGCCGGAGACUCCAGGCCCGAAUAGCUUCUCCAUGGAGUCUGCCCUGAGCGGUCCCAGCUCUCCGGAUUCACCCCCCAGUACCGUGCGGCUGCUGAGAGCGCUCUUUGCUCUGUAAAGUGGAUGUCAGGUGGAUCUAUGUUUCUGAAGGAACAAAGACUCAGUGAAGGCACCACCGAGGAAGUUUGAGACGCGGGAGGAUGCAGGCUGCGUGCUGGUACGUGCUUCUCCUUCUGCAGCCCACAGUGUACUUGGUCACAUGUGCCAAUUUAACAAAUGGUGGAAAGUCAGAACUUCUGAAAGCAGGAAGCAGCAAAUCCACACUAAAACACAUAUGGACAGAAAGCAGUAAAGACUUGUCGAUAAGCCGGCUUCUAUCACAGACUUUUCGUGGCAAAGAAAAUGACACAGAUCUAGAUCUGAGAUAUGAUACCCCAGAACCUUAUUCUGAGCAAGACCUCUGGGACUGGCUGAGGAACUCCACAGACCUUCAAGAGCCUCGACCCAGGGCCAAGCGAAGGCCCAUUGUUAAGACAGGCAAGUUUAAGAAAAUGUUUGGAUGGGGUGAUUUUCAUUCCAACAUCAAAACGGUGAAGCUAAACCUGUUGAUAACUGGGAAAAUUGUAGAUCAUGGCAAUGGAACAUUUAGUGUUUAUUUCAGGCAUAAUUCCACUGGUCAAGGGAAUGUAUCUGUCAGCUUGGUGCCCCCUACGAAAAUAGUGGAAUUUGACUUGGCACAACAAACUGUGAUUGAUGCCAAAGAUUCCAAGUCCUUUAACUGUCGCAUUGAAUAUGAAAAGGUUGAUAAGGCUACCAAGAACACACUCUGCAACUAUGAUCCUUCAAAAACCUGUUACCAGGAGCAGACCCAAAGUCAUGUGUCCUGGCUCUGCUCCAAGCCCUUUAAGGUGAUCUGUAUUUACAUUUCCUUUUAUAGUACCGAUUAUAAACUAGUACAGAAAGUGUGCCCUGACUACAACUACCACAGCGACACACCUUACUUUCCAUCCGGAUGAGAAUCAACACAUGGGUGAGACUGAAACUAAAGGAAUUAUAGAUGAUAUGACAGGGCUGUUACCUCAAAGAAGAAGGUCACAUCUGUUACCUGGAAUGUGUCUACACUGCUGUUCUUGUCAACUGGCUGCAAAAUAUACUAGUGGAAACAAUCUGAUGUAAUUUCUGCCCAGUCUGUUUCACCUCUCAGUAUAGUUGCAAAGCACAUGGAUUUUUAAAGCCACAUUUGAAGACAUGUUGUCACAUGUAGCUGUACACAAGCACAUAAACAUGCACAUUUCAGCUUGCAUUUGUCAUGAUUUCUAUCAAGAGGGCUUUCAUUGUCUGGCUCAUAAUGGUUCAGGAUAAACUAUCAUCAAGCAAAAGGAUCAACUAGACAGAGAAUAGUUUCUAACACUUGCUGUUAUGAAAAUCUCUUUUAAAGUCUUGAGUACAUGCUAAUCAAUAAUCCCCACUCAUGCAUUCCUACUGCUUGGAGUAGCUGUACUGCUAAAUAUUUAUUGUAGGAGUAUAUGCUUGUUAAAAUGGGAAAAAAUAUGUCUUUAAAGCUCAGUAUUCUUUAUUUUAUGAACACAGCAAAGUGUAGUAACGUUUUUUCCAGCAUAUAGUAGGCACAUUCAAGGUGAUAUAAGAUGGCUUUUUUUUUUUUUUUCCUGUGGAGGGAGCCUGUUCUAAGUAAAAAUAAGCAAACAUUUGAAACUUACAUGUGGGCAGACAUUGGAUUACAUCUUUCACCACCAGUCAUUGGACUUUGGCAAAGUUAAAAUGAGCUGCUUAAAAUAAGUUAUGAUCACUUAACAAAAAGGGAAUUUCCUGGCAGACACCAUGUAAGUUAUAAGUGUCUGUCUUAUCUUUACUACAUAUAUUGUAACAAAUUCAAUAUCCUAAUCUUCAUUUGUAUGAAUGGUUUGUAUUGUACAUAGUUUAACCAAGUGUUAUUUGAGCUGCUUAUUAAUAUUAACUUGUACUUGUCUCUCUGCUUGUUAUUGGUUAUAAAAGAAACAAAAAAGGAUACAAGGAACUCAUUUUAUGAAUGUAGCUGUGAAUUCCAUUAAAAAGGCAAACUUAAUGUACAAAGCAUUUAUUCAGCUCAAGUAUUGUUGAAAGCUAUACAUAUACAACAUUACAGUCUGUCUGUAUUUAGAUAUUUUGUUUCUGGACAAAAAUGGAGUGUACGUAAAAAUAAAAUGCUUAAAGUUGAGUUUCAAUA